GGGGUGGGGAUGUCUCCCCUGCAGGCCCCGGAGAGGAGGAUCCCCGCCGCGAUCGCGGGGCACAAACCUGGAGGGCGGCCGGGAAGAGAGGGCGGCGAAGCCCUCUGUCCCUGUGCCUUAGGGUAGAGCCCGCACACUCCGUCGUUGGAGGGCGCAAGGCGGGCCGGGGCAGUCAACAGAGGGGCUGGAAAGCUCGGCCAGUCCCCUUAAGGAAGGUGUCUGAUUAAAACGUGGUUCUCAUAACACGGUGUCCGAUGAACGGAAGGAGUAGGGGUUGGGGCUGCUGGGCCCGCGGGUUCCCAGUUUUCGACCUCUGCCCCAGUGGCCUGGUUUGCACACCAGCGUGAUGAGUGGCCCACCCGGAGCAGGUGAGCGCUCGGUGUUCCGGAUUCUGGUGGCUGGUGGGCUAGCGCCACUGUUUCCAGCUGCAGACAAAACGACUGAAGCUCAGAAAGAAGGGGCGUGCUCCGGUUCUGCCAGCCGUACAGGGCCAACCUGGCGGCCACAGACGUGACCUUCCUGCUGUGCUGCGUGCCCUUCACGGCCCUGCUCUACCCGCUGCCCGCCUGGGUGCUGGGAGACUUCAUGUGCAAGUUCGUGAACUACAUUCAGCAGGUCUCGGUGCAGGCCACGUGUGCCACCCUGACUGCCAUGAGCGUGGACCGCUGGUACGUGACGGUGUUUCCGCUGCGCGCCCUGCACCGCCGCACACCCCGCCUGGCGCUGGCCAUCAGCCUCAGCAUCUGGGUGGGCUCGGCGACCGUGUCGGCACCGGUGUUGGUCCUACACCGUCUCACGCCGGGGCCGCGCACCUACUGCAGCGAGGCCUUUCCCAGCCGCGCCCUGGAGCGCGCGUUCGCCCUCUACAACCUGCUGGCACUCUACCUGCUGCCGCUGGUCGCCACCUGUGUCUGCUACGGGGCCAUGCUGCGCCACUUGGGCCGCGCUGCCGUGCGCCCUGGGCCCGCGGACAGCGCCCGGCAGGUGCGCGGCUACGCGGCGAGGGGAGGGACAGUUGCUGGCCGAGCGAGCGGGCGCGGUGCGGGCCAGAGUCUCGCGGCUGGUGGCGGCCGUGGUGUUGCUCUUCGCCGCCUGCUGGGGCCCCAUCCAGCUGUUCCUGGUGCUGCAGGCGCUGGGCCCGGCGGGCGCCUGGCAUCCGCGCAGCUACGCCGCUUACGCGCUCAAGAUCUGGGCGCACUGCAUGUCCUACAGCAACUCCGCACUGAACCCGCUGCUCUACGCGUUCCUGGGCUCGAAUUUCCGUCAGGCCUUCCGCCGCGUCUGUCCGUGCGCUCUCGGGGAACCCCGCCGCCUGCCCGGCCGUGCUGGACCCUCGGGCCCCGCCGCCUCCCACGCGGAGCUGCUCCGCCUGGCAGCCCGCCCGGUCCCGACCAGGACGCCCAGACUCGGGAGCAGUGGCGCUGCGGCGCGCAGGCUGUGUGUCCCGAGGGAACUCGCCUGCCCUCUCUGAGCAGAGUCUGGGGGGUCCAGAAGGGUCCCUCUGGCACAGGAGCUGCUUGGACAGCCACUGCUGUUAUUGUGGCUGAUUUCUUUCUUUUGUCCAAGAUAAUCAUAGUGAAAAUGUGUUUUCCUCUUACAAUGUCUGGUACAAAUUUGCUUUGAUGUCCACUGCUACUGACAUUGUAAUGAUUAUUUCUGUAUUUCCCAAAAUUUAAGAUGCUUUGAGGCUGGCACUCUGGAACUUUGUGGAAAGCAGCAAUAAAAGUUUUCACAUAGGGCCUCGUGAUGGACGGUAGCAUUGUUCAGAUUCAUCCCGUUUUCAGACAUAAUUAACCUGUGAACACAGUGUGCAUCUUAAAAUUGGUGAAAUAAGGUUUAUGCUCGCCACCGGGUAAGUGCCCAGAGUCCUGGCUGGAAAGAUCGUGGAUGUCACAGAAUAGGUGCGUCCUCUGUAGAGCCACAGAGCUGUCCUCAGCAGAAGCAAGCCCCCUGCAACAUAAGGAGUCACAAGAGACACAUAUGUGGUCAUUCCUGUGACUAAAUACGUAUU